UGUUCUUCUUCUUGGCAUGCAGCCUUCCUGUAUGGAUCGAGCCACGACGUGUUGGAGGUGACGAGCGUCGCCUACGGCUCGUGCGGGACGCCAAGCAAUCCGAUAUCGUCGGACAAAAGCGGGAACACCACCGUCGCGCUGAAGGCCGCAGGGACGCGGUACUUCAUCUGCGGGACGGCGGGGCACUGCAGGAGCGGGAUGAAGAUGGCCGUCCGCGUAGCUUCGUCGGGCUCGCCGCCGCCCUCCCCGCUACCGGACUUCCCGCCCGACGGACCCGCCGAUCCGCCGUCGCUGCCGUUUCCGCCCUUGUCUCUUUCGCCGCCGGCUCCGAUGGGAGCGGCGGGCGGGGCCUGCGUGCAUGCCAAGGUUGCUGCAGAUCUCGGGAUCGGGAUCUCGAUGAUGAUGGCGAUGGUGGUGGUGGCGGCGGCGCUUUGAGCUCUGUGGAGAAAGAUGGAGAGAGAGAAAUAGACGCCAUUCUACUGGUUUUGGAUUCAUUUGAUUGCUUUCUACAUUUGUUCUGAUCUCGGGAUGAAACGUAUUCACAGAUUACAGCUUGGCUUCUCUUUUCUUUGAAUUGGAAUCAGACUUGUAGAGUUAGCUUUCUUCCCAUGAGUUGACCAACUCUUAAGUCAACUCAAAGCUUAGUGUCAGUAUAUUACUACAAGCAUGAUAACACCUCGUGGAUUGAAAUCAAAAUAUGCUCAUCACAUCGAUAUGAAUUGCCCAACUCAUAUCCUCGAUGUAGGGUUGCAUGUUCA